CCCGUAUUUCUUCGCUACAGCCGGUUUGUCUGUUUUUUGUGACGGUGAGAUGAUAUUAGAUUGAAUCAUUUUAGGCGUUAAAUCUGCCGUCUUAGUUGCAUUUUUCUCUCGAGGAAUGUCGCUAAAUGUCAAGAGCUCCGCUAACCGUCAACGCUAAAUGUUAAACACACAGACGUUGGACAGUGAAACAGGUGAUGGAGUUUCCAGAAGAUUUCAACCAGCUUGAACUUCUUAACACACAUGGACACCUGAUCCCCCGAGGAGUCAGCAGCCUGUGGACUGGAAGCAAGGAUGAGGCGGAAGAGGUGGAGGAGGAUGAGGAGGACCACAAUGAGGAGUGGUAUCUAGGAAAGGAGGAAGCUCUCAAAGAUAAACCCAAGGAGCUCAUGCUGUGGGCAGCAGAAAACAAUCGUCUUUCAACAGUCCACGGUUUGUUAACCACAGAUCCGUCGCUGGUGCACUGCUGUGAUGAGGAUGGUUACACUCCACUGCACCGCGCUGCAUACGGCGGCCAUGUUGAAGUGGUCUCUGCUCUACUUUCCAGCGGCUCUGAGGUUAACCCUCGCACCAUCGACGGCUGGACCCCUCUUCACAGUGCUUGCCGCUGGAGCCACGUCACCGUGGCCAGUUUCCUCCUGCAGCAUGGAGCUGAACUGAACGCCCAGACGAACGGCGGGCUCACGCCUCUACACCUGGCUGCUUCCUACACGAGCUGCUCAAUAAAAACCUCGGCACAAACCUUGGAGCUCCUCCUCUCUCAGAGACACCUGAAGUCGGGGCUUCGCAGCAGCAGUGGAGAAACGGCAAGCGAUGUGGCCCGACGCAGUGGCCCUCAUCAUUUCCUGUUUGAGAUGGUAGAAGACUGUGUCAAUGUGGUGCCAGUGUCAUAAACACAGAGACCCACACAAAUUCUCACAUUUAAACACUGAAGCUUUUACUCUGCUCUGGUUUUUAUAGCAGGACAGUAUUUGUACUUGAUUAAUCUACUUAUUUUUUCUAAUAAUCUAUUACUUAUUCUGUCUCUAGAAGUUAAAAAAAUGAAUAAACUACAUCCCAAGGAAACAUCAGCCAUUGAACAAGACCAAAAAAAAUAUUCCAAACAUUAAAUAUAAGAUGCUUUAAUCAGCAAAUAUUAGAUCAAUUCACUAAUCAAGUAUUCACUUCAGAACUUAGGUGGGUAAAAGUUUAUGUGGACAUCUUGCACAUAAAAUACAACAACUUGAGCAUGCAUUAGCUGCAGUUCAUUGCUUGAACUUGUCUGUGAAACAGACCUUGUUGUGGAGGAAUGUGAAUAGGUUGGCACAGACAGAUUGAUUCUAUUGUAUUUUUGUGUCUAUAGCUGUCUGGAUGUUCAUGGGCAUGUCUCCUACUGAAUCAUCACAAUAAAUGAAUAUCUUCUGAACAGUU